AUGUCAGUCAUCGGAGUGGACUUUGGCAACGUCGACUGCGUGAUCGGCCAAGCGAAACGCGGCGGCAUUGACAUCAUCCUGAACGAGAACUCGAACCGCAAGAACCCCAACCUCGUGUGCGUGCAGGGCAAGCAGCGCUUCAUUGGCGAAGCAGCGGUCAGCAUGGCGCGCAUGCACUACAAGAACACGGCCACGGACGUCAAGCGCCUGCUGGGCCGCAAGUUCAAGCACCCCGAAGUGCAGCAGGAGCUCGCGCAGCUCGCGUUCCCCUGCGUUGAGCUCGCAAGCGGCGACGUGGGCAUUGUGCUCGCGUACAACGACGAGCCCGUGACGUUCUCGUGCGAGCAGGUGGUCGCCAUGAUCCUCAACAAGAUGCAGCACAUUGCCGCAGCCGCCAACGAGGGCGUCACGCCCGCCUACUGCGUGCUCUCGUGCCCCGGCUACUACACGGACGGCCAGCGCCGCGCGCUGCUCCAGGCCGCGCAAAUCGCGGGCCUCAACUGCCUCCGCCUCAUGAACGAGCACACGGCCGUAGCGCUCGCCUACGGCAUCUACAAGUCGGCGCGCAACCUCUUCCACGAGACGGACCCGCAGCACGUCAUGUUUAUCGACGUGGGCCACGCGAGCUACACGGUCGCCAUCGUGGCGUUCGUCCAGGGCCGCCUCUCGGUCAAGUCGGUCGCCUACGACCGCUCGCUCGGGGGACGCGACUUUGACUUGGCCAUUGCCACAGACGCCGCAGCGAAGUUUGCCGACAAGUACAAAGUCGCGAACCCGCUUGAGAACCCCAAGGCGCGCAUGAAGCUGCUGUCGGCCUGCGAGAAGGCCAAGAAAAACCUCAGCCCCUACGGCGUGUCGGCCACGCAGCUCAACAUUGAGUGCCUCGCCGACGACCGCGACUACAACGCCCAAGUGACGCUCGAGGAGUUUGAAGCGCUCAUUGCGCCGCUGCUCGAGCGGCUGAACGGACCGGUCGAACAGGCGCUGGCCGACGCCGGCAUGCAAAAGUCGGAGCUCACGCACGUGGAGAUUGUGGGCGGCGGCACGCGCGUGACGAGCGUCAAGCGCCACCUGGCCGAGGUCUUGGGCCUGGACAAGGAGCAGCAGAACUACGGGCUGAGCACGACGCUGAAUGCCGACGAGUCGGUCGCGCGCGGCUGUGCGCUGAACUGCGCGAUCCUGUCGCCCAUGUUCAAGGUGAAGCCGUUCAGCGUGACGGACCGCGUGCACCUGCCCGUGCGUGUGUCGUGGGACGGUAGCGCCUCGGCGGCUGCGGACAUCGCGGACGACGACGAGGAUGCCAACAUGGAGGCUCCUGCUGCGGACGACAGCGCGCUGGUGAUCUUUGAUCGCAAGGACGAGUACCCGAAGACCAAGCGCAUCACGUUCCGCCGCGACAAGGCGUUCACGAUCGAUGCUGCGUACGACGAGUCUGCUAAGGCGUACCUGCUAGCUGAGUAUGAGAUGGACAUCGGCAAGUACACGAUUCAGGGUAUGCCGACACAGGAAGCGGGAGCCGAGGUCCCGAAGAUCCGUGUGAACGUGCAGCAGGACAUGAACGGUAUGUUUUCGGUGGCGUCUUCGCAGCUCAUGCAAGAAAUUAAGGAGGAGGAGAAACCUGCGGAGGCGGACAGUGACGAAAAGAUGGAUGAGAAGAAAGACGAUGGAAACAAGAAGGAGAAGGACGACAAGAAGGACGACAAGAAGGAGGACAAGAAAGAGGACAAGAAGGAGGACAAGGCGGCUGGGCCAAAAAAGAAACGCUUCCGCAAGAUUGAGCUCACGGUGCAGUCGCAGGUUGGCGGUCUUUCGACUUCGGAUGUAUCCUCUGCCACUGAGCAGGAGCUGCGGAUGGCGCAGCAGGACCGUGUGAUUGAAGAUACGUUCAACAAGCGCAACGAGCUCGAAAGUUUCGUGUACGAGAUGCGUAACCAGAUCACGGACAAGCUGUCUGCGUUCAUCACUACCGCCGAGAAGAACGAUCUCGAGACAAAGCUGAUGACUACCGAAGAAUGGCUGUACACGGACGAAGGCUUUGACAGCACCAAGUCGGUGUACCAGCAGAAGCUGGACGACAUGCGCAAGCUGUCUUCGCCCGUGGAGUUCCGUCAGACGGAGAGCACCGAGCGUGGCGUUGCUCAGGCUGAGCUGACGUCUGUGCUGGAGGAGUACAAGCGCAUGGUGAACUCGGGUGACGACGCGUACUCGCACUGGUCUGAGGACGAGAAGACAAAGCUCCGCCAGACGUGCGUGGACGCUGAAACGUGGCUGUUUGACGGCCUCGCGAAGCAGGCGGACCUGAACCCGACCGAUGCUCCCGUGCUCACGUCGGCUUCGAUUCGCAGCAAGAUCGUAGCCGUGCGCGCAGUGGCUCUUCCAAUCACGACCAAGCCCAAGCCGCUGCCCAAGGUGGAGACGCCGGCUGCUCCCGACGCUAGCGAACAGGCUGCGCCAGCAGAAGAGAAGGAGGCGGCGGAAAAGAUGGACCUCGACUAG